AUGGCCACUGCCCAGCUCUCUUACUCUCUUCAGACCUACAAGGCCGUCAAGGAAACUCUGUUCCCAGCUCAAAUCAUCACUGAGCACGAAUCUCUAGUAUUGGUGAAGAAGCUCUUAGCCACUUCCAUCUCGUGUAUUACGUACCUUCGGGGGCUGUUUCCAGAGAGUUCUUAUGGAACCCGCAAAUUAGCUGACCUCAGUUUAAAAAUCCUUCGAGAAGAUAAGAGAUGCCCUGGAUCAAUGCAGAUUAUCAAGUGGAUUCAAGGUUGUUUUGAUGCUUUGGAAAAGAAAUAUCUUCACAUGGCAGCACUUGGAAUUUAUACAAAUCCUGAGGCGCCAGAGAAAGUCACAGAGUUAUACCAGUUCAAAUUCCAAUACACAAAGGAGGGACCCAGAAUGGAUUUUGGUUCACACAGCAUGAACACCAGCUUUGAGAGCGGGAAAACCAGCGAAGAGAUCAAGAGUGCCAGUACCCUCCUCAUCCGCAAGUUGUACGUCCUGAUGCAGAAUCUUGGCCCUCUUCCUAAUGACAUCACGCUGACCAUGAAGCUCUACUACUACAACGAGGUGACACCUAAUGAGUACCAGCCCCCUGGUUUCAGGGAAGAGCAAAAUGCCCAGAGCUUUCUGUAUGAGGGAGAUCCCGUCAGCCUGAAGUUAGGCCUCGUUUCCACAAAUUUUCACAGCUUCAAAGUGAAAGUUGUGACCGAGAGCCACAGGCUGAUGAGUCUGGGCAGCAAUCUGCUUCAGGAAAAUAGCAUCACUGAGAUCUCCCAUCAAGGCCUCGACUGUGAUGAAGAGGAAGAAUGUAAUUCACAUAUUCAAAGGCUGGAAUUCGUGGACAGUCAGCAAGGCUUUGUGGUUCCCAAGAAGAGGAGAAAGGUCAGCGAGCCGGUGAAAGUCAUCGUCCCCGGCAGAAAGUGA